AAGAAGGAAAACCUUUACGAAAUCGUAUCGGUCGCAACUAACGCCGGCAAACGGCAACGAGUCGCGGUCUGAGCUUCUUCUUUUCGAAAGAGAGAGUUCGUUCUUUCUUGCAUACGUCUAUGUGCGGCGUCUUUGUCUGAGAAAGAGAGCGAGAGAGAGAGAGAGAGAGAGAGAGAGAGAGAGAGAGAGAGCGCGGGGGAGAGGGAGAGAGAGAGAGAAAGAGAAGAUUUGGUCGGUCUCAGACGCAGAAAAAGAACUUUUGGCAAACAGUGACGACCAAGCGAGUAGAGCAAACCGAUUCUCUUGCCAGUGAUUCUCCCAAAGUUUCGUGUGGAUCAGUUUCUUUGGAUUGAAUCUGUUUCUUUCUUUUUUUUUUCUUGUUUUUAUAUCUUAUCGAAGUGACCAUCACACGAGACUUCAGUUCGUAUAGCCAAGAAUUUGUUAACGAGCAUCUCGCGCCCGUUCGAAAAUUAUUCCGUUUUUUUUUCUCCCACCGAUUCUGCAAUAUUUUAAAAUUUCCAAGGAUAUAAAGGAGAUCUUGUUUUAGAGAUUACACUGUGAUAACGCGUAGGAAAAAGAGGACAAUGGCUUGCGAUCGUAGUAUAAUGGCAUGGUUCAUCGAACUCGUUCCUCAAGUGGAAUUUUACAAAAUAUCUUAUUGAAAGAAAAAAUUGUACGGAAGCCAGAUGUGCAAUACCGACAAUCACGAUGAAUAAUGCGAGAGCGUGAGGAGGAGGAGGAUGAAGAAGAAGAAGAAGAAGAAGAAGAAGAAAAAGAGAAAAAAAUAGAAGGCGUAGUUCUACGCAUUCGAGUUGCUCGAGCGUUAGAUAAAGAGAGAUUAUCACGAUCUUUAAUAGCACGACCCGAAUUAACGCAUGUCUGACGUUAGACGACGGGGUCUCCACGCAUUAGUUUAUACGCUGACACUUUGUUUUCAAAUCUCUGACGUCAGUUUCUAUUUCGGUUGUCUUCUUUUUGUAUUUCGUCGACAACGAAGAAAAUGCAAAUAGAUGUUGGAAAACACGAAAGAGCCCAAGUUCUAGGUGAAGGUUGUUGCAUAGAUCGACUAACUUGCCUGCAGGUGUUAAACAUUAUGGUGAUACUUGGUUUCAUGUUGAACUAUAUGCUACGUGUUAAUCUGACGAUUGCCAUCGUAUCAAUGGUAAUGCCGUCUAAUAAGCAUUCACAUUCCAAUUAUUCCCACGAAAUCAUUCCAAUUGAUAAUAGCAGUUUGAUGAUUGAGACUGCUAAGACCACAAUGCUAACUGGGAAUGAGCCGAUAAACGGAUCGACUUUUACUUCGACGUUGACAACUCGACAUGAGGAGUUGGAGCAAACCAGGUAUCCGUGGAACGAAUAUGAGAUCAAUCUGAUUCUUGGAAGUUUCUAUUGGGGUUACAUCUGUACGGAAAUACCUGGAGGUAGAUUGGCUGAAAUUGUUGGAACUAAAAGAGUCUUUGGCUAUAGUAUGUUGGUGUCCAGUGGUAUCACUCUUCUCACGCCACUUUUCGCGAAAUUCGGAUAUGUCGCAGUCGCUGUACUUCGAAUUGCUCUUGGUUUUAUGCUGGGUGCCACGUGGCCCGCUAUUCAACCGAUGACUGCCCGAUGGAUUCCACCGACCGAACGUAGCAAAUUCGUUUCCAAUAUGAUGGCAUCCUCGUUGGGUGCGGCGAUCACGUUGCCUAUUUGCGGUUUUCUCAUUGCCUCUCUCGGAUGGGAAUCUGUCUUCUACGUAACGGGAAUAGUCGGAUUGACGUGGAGCAUAGCAUGGUUCUAUUUCAUCUACGAUUCACCCUCGCAACACCCACGCAUCUCCAUCGAGGAACGAAACUACAUCGAAGAAUCCAUAGGAACUACCUCGUCCACCAAGCAUUUUCCGGUACCAUGGAAAUCAAUUUUCACCUCGCUUCCCGUUUGGGCGAUCCUGAUAACACACGGAUGCAGUGUAUUUGGAUACUUCACGGUUGUUAAUCAACUACCUACUUAUAUGAAAUAUAUACUAAAUUUUAACAUCAAAGAGAACGGGAUGUUAUCUUCAUUGCCUUAUCUCGGAAAAUACAUUUUUGCUUUAACGACUUCAACGUUGGCCGAUUAUCUUCGUCGUACGAACAAACUUUCGGUUACUGCUAUUCGAAAAAUUUUCACAACUUUCGCCGUGAUGAGCCCGGGAUUACUUAUGAUCGUACAAGCAUACCUUGGUCGCGAUCCUACGAUGUCCGUGGCAAUUUUUACCGUUGCUUUGACGAUAAACGGUGGAGUGACAGCGGGCUAUCUCGGAAACGGUCUUGACAUUGCACCCAAUUUUUCCGGAACAAUAUUUGGCAUAGCCAAUACGGUUAGCUCGUUUGGUGGCUUUCUGAGUAGCUUCAUGGUUGGUUCGAUUACCUAUCAAAAUCAAACGUUUGAACGUUGGAGAAUAAUUUUUUGGAUUCUCGCGGCUACUUACUGUAUAGGCGCUUUGGCUUUCGCAUUCCUUGGUACAGGAAAAUUACAAAAGUGGAAUUUUCCGGAAGUCAAUAGUUUCGAUAAGAAGAUGAAAAAUUUAGAGAACGAUGUUGACGCAGAAAACAGAGAACCGUUGACCAAUAAAUCACUUUCGUAAUAUCGUUAUAAUCGUAUAGAAUCACACAUUUCCAAAGAAUCUCAAUCUAUCGACUGACUAUUAUCACGAGCAAACACGUCGCAACUAAAUAGAGAAGUAAACAAAAAAUACCCUUGUACAUAUACCCGAUGUAUUGUUUUUCAUGACGAACGUAAACGCGUUAUGACUUUCAACGAAUCAAAAUAAAGUUGGAAACAUUGUUAAGUACAAUAUGAUAUCGCGAGACGUAAUAGUUAUCGAUUAUUAUUAUCAUGACACAUUGCCAUGUAAAAAUAUGUACAAAGUAACGACAAAUACAGAGACAAAUUUUCGACGUAAAAAGAUUAUUCGACGAAAUAUUUAUUCAGGAGGAAAAGAAAUGUUUUUACGAUCAAGAGAUAGGAUUCUAUGGAAGGUUACGAGAGCGUCGAUAAGGACGAUAUCUGUUAGCUUUCGUAAGUAGAUACGAUUCCAUCGGAUGAUACGUUAUCGACGGAUAACAAAGACUACGAUAGUAUUUCUAAAAGCGAACGAGUAGUGGCGCUGGUAUUAUCAAUUUAAGCGUUCGAUAGUUUAGCUAUAACGAAGGAAUUUAACAUAGUAAACAAUGAAGUUUCUUCGUGCUUUGAAAUUUGAAAUAUAUUCAGGUCUCUUUUAUGUAA